CUUUAGAGAGAGAAAGUCAUUUUUUUUCUUUUAGAGAGAGAAAGUGUGUGUGUUCGUAGAAGAGACUGCAAGAUCCGGUGGCAACAUAGGCACUGAACAACACACAAACCCUACUGUUCUCCAUUUUUUUUUGUUCUGUAAGCUUCCAGUUCAUCUUAUUUUUUCUGCAUGUUACAUGUGGGGUUUUUGAGUUUGUAGCUGUGUUGUUUUAGGGUUUGAUCGGAGGAAUUUAAACCUUGUUCGGUCUUUAGGGAUUUCGCUUUUGGUUUAAUCUUUCUAUCAUUUAGGAUAAAUUUAGGGAUUUCUCUGUGUUUUUAUCUUUUUCGAACAAGAUUUUCAGCUGGGAUGUUCUGUAUUAUUUGUUUAAUUUUGGGGAAUUUAGAUAUUUAGGGUUUUUGUUGAGUUUCAUGUAUGGCUUCGGGUCCUACAGUAGGUGAGGGAGACGGUGUUAGAGAGAAACAGAGAUACGUGGAAAGUAAGGUUUACACUAGGAAGGCCUUCAAGGGCCUCAGGAAGAACAACAAAAAUAAUACAAAUUCAAUUGCCGAUGCAGCCACUGCCGUAACCUCUGCCGUUGAGAAUAAACAGGAUAAUGAUAAUAGCCGAAAUAAGGAAACCUCUACUGCCCCGACUACCACGGCUGCAACCAACGACAUCGAUGACGCUAAUGCCAGUAGUCAUGUUAAUCAUGACAAUGAUAACGAUUUACCCCAGCCUCUUCCCUGUACAACGGUGACAGAGGACGAGAAUCCGACACAGAAGCAGCUCAUUUCGAGAUUUGAUGUGGCGUCUGAUGAUUCGUCAUGUCUUAAUCGCGAGCAGGUUGCAGCUGGGGAUGCAGUGCAGAGCACUCGAGACCAACCCUCUGGAAAUGGUGUUGUGGAAAAAGCUGUGGAAAAUGAGAAUAACAAUAAUUUGGCCUCGAGGUCCAAGCAGGAGGUGCGAGAACUACGGUGUAAGCUUGAGAGUGAGCUUGAGAUUAUAAGAAAUGUGUUGAAAAGAAUUGAGGCAAAACAGGGGGAGUUAAGUGAGUCUAGUAAUUUUCAUGGUUCGGCUAAUGAAGGGAUGAAUAAGGUUGCUGGAGACAAGCAGAUUCAUCCCGAGGUUGCUGGAGAUAAGCAGAUUCAUCCUGAGCUGUCUGCCAUUGGUGUGCCUCGUGAGCCUUCUAGGCCUCUGAAUCAAUUGAGUAUAUCAGUGUUGGAGAACAGUCAGGGUGUGAGUGACUAUGUGGAGAAAGAGAAAAGGACGCCUAAAGCGAACCAGUUUUAUCGAAAUUCAGAAUUCAUACUUGGAAAAGAUAAGCUCCCACCAGCUGAGAGUAAUAAGAAGGCAAAAACAAAUAUAAAGAAGCUGGGUGGAGGAGAAACAGUUCAUGGUUUCGGGCCGGGUUCCAAGUUUUUUAAGAGCUGCAGUUCACUUCUGGAUAAAUUGAUUAAGCACAAGUAUGGUUGGGUGUUUGAUGCUCCUGUAGAUGUGCAGAGUCUCGGUUUGCACGAUUACUAUACCAUCAUUAAGCAUCCAAUGGACCUAGGAACAGUAAAGUCUAAGCUGAACAAGAACUGGUACAAGUCACCCAAAGAAUUUGCUGAGGAUGUGAGACUUACAUUUCACAAUGCUAUGACUUAUAAUCCCAAAGGACAAGAUGUUCAUGUAAUGGCCGAGCAAUUAUUGACAAUAUUCGAGGAUAGGUGGAUUAUUAUCGAGUCAGACUAUAAUCGAGAGAUGAGGUUUGGACUAGACUAUGGGGCUUCUCUUUCGACGCCUACUUCUAGAAAGUCUCGUCUUCCACCACCACCACCUCUUGACAUGAGACGGAUAUUGGAAAGGUCAGAAUCCACAACAUAUCGUCUUGAUUCCAAGAGUAAACCUUUGAGCUCUACACCCUCAGCUAGGACACCUGCUCCAAAGAAGCCCAAGGCAAAAGACCCUCAUAAAAGGGACAUGACUUAUGAGGAAAAGCAAAAACUCAGUAAUAACCUUCAAAAUUUACCUUCAGAAAAACUGGAUGCCAUUCUGCAGAUAAUUAAGAAGAGAAACUCGGACAUUUUUCAAGAUGACGAAGAGAUCGAAGUGGAUAUUGAUAGCGUGGAUGCAGAGACACUCUGGGAGCUUGAUAGGUUUGUGACAAACUACAAAAAAAGUUUGAGCAAGAACAAGAGAAAAGCCGAGCUUGCACUUCAAGCACGAGCAGAUGAUGAGCACAAUAUUGCUCAGAAGGGCGACGCUGUGAUGGAUGUCCCGAAGGAAACUAAAGCAGAUGAUAAUAUCGUUUCAUCAUCGGUGCCUGUUCAAGGACAGGGCAAUAGUAGAAGUAGGUCAAGUAGUUCAAGCAGUUCUAGCAGUGGUUCUGGAUCUUCUUCUAGUGAUUCUGAUAGUGAAAGCUCUUCAGCAUCUGGAUCUGAUAAUGGGUCGUAAAGGGCUUCAAUAUUCUUCAGAUAUCAAUUUUUUUCAAGUCACUUCGGGUGGAAGGAACCCUCAGCUUUCCUGAUUGAAGCCAAAUCAGUGUCUUGCCCAGCACUGGUUGGAAAAGGCUUGAAGUCCAUUCAUUUUCAACCAGUGGCAAGCUGAGCUUUUGAUGUAGUAUUUGACGCAGGGCUUCGCUUCAUCCCCCCAUGCAGCCUUUGAUUCUGUCUCAAAUUUGUAUAAUAUUGGUAACAUAAGUAGUAAUCUGAUUGAUUAGGCCCCGUCUUGCGUAGCGCCUGUACAUUGCUAAUCCAUUGCUACCAUCUCUAUUAUUUUUUAGCACAGACAACACCCUUAAGAGUCUGUAAACCAAAUGUCAGUAGUAGGCAACAGGGUGUGGUUUUCAAUUAUAUUCACAAAAGGGUUUGAUGAAUAGCUUUUGA